UGUUUCACACAUCUCUUGAAGAUUGUGCUUGGGAUAAAGCUUGGGUUGAAACCACAAGAAGCAAUAUCAAAUGUCAAAACCCAUUCUGAUGUUGAAGGAUUGUGUUUAGAAUUUGCUGGUACUCAUGGUUCAUCAGAUCCUCUCCUGGCCCUCAAGGAAUAUCUGAAAGAGGAGCCUUACACAACCCAAGAAAUAGAACAAAUUAUUGAAGAGAAUCUUUCAUCGAUUUUUAAAGAUUCCCCAUCUUCAUUAGAUGUGUUAAAGGCUGCAACACACUUCAAAUUAUAUCAGAGAGCAUCUCAUGUGUACUCUGAAGCCAAACGAGUCAAUGCUUUCAAGGACACUGUAUAUUCAAAUUUAAGUGAAGAGGACAUAUUGAAAAAACUUGGGGAUCUAAUGAACGAGAGCCACUAUAGCUGCAGUGUUAAAUACGAGUGCAGUUGCCCGGAGUUGGAAGAACUUGUAAGCAUUUGUCGUAAGUAUGGUGCUCUUGGGGCAAGGCUUACCGGAGCUGGAUGGGGAGGUUGUGCAGUUGCUUUGGUGAAAGAGAAUAUUGUCCCACAAUUUAUUCUCAACUUAAAGUAUGUUUUCAGAACUCUCCUCCACAUCCAAGGUUGGGAACCCUCUACCAACCAUUGACCGCUUCUUUUCAAUAUACGACGACGUA